UUCAAAAAUGUUACCUAUUCCGAUCGUGAAAAUCAAAAUCGGAGACUACCCUAACUGUUGGGACGGAAGAAAGAUCAGGAAACCUGGUCCAAAUCUCGUUCUCCUUCACACUCUUGCUCUCAAUCUCACUGGCGCUCUCGAUCGUGCUCCUCCUCUGCUUUGCACUCUCGCUCUCAAUCAAACUGGUGCUCUCGAUCGUGCUCCUCCGCUCCUUGAAUCUCUCACUCGUUUCAACAAAUUCUAAGGUUGGGUUUGUUAUUCUCUGUUUUAAGGAAGAAAAAACUGAAGUAAUUACUGGAAACUAAAGGAAAGAAUUGGUACAUCUGUGAAAAGAGCGACUACUGUGUUAACCGUCAGAUGAAGCUACUCAUCCAUGUUGGAUCUACUGCUCCUGCACCUGCUCCUACUUCCGGUGCUCCUCAUUCUUUGUCGUCGUCGUCGUCAUUUUACAUUGCUGCAACUCUUGCCAUUGCUGCCAUUUUAUUCGUCUAAGAUUAGUUUGAGGUGUUUAGCAUGUAAUUAGCUAAUUGAGAAUCAUGUCGAGGACCUGAGUGGAGCUUUAAGCAGGAUAAAGCAUUUGAGAAUGCCUUGGGUACUUACCCUGAGGAAGAUUGCUGCGGAUGUAACUGGGAAGACUUUGGAAGAGGUUAAACAACACUAUGAACUUCUGGUUGAUGAUGUCAACUUAAUUGAAUCUGGGCGUGUGACUCUACCGACUUAUAAUUCUACUUCAGAAGGCUCAACAAGCAAUGCUAGUGAUGAAGGAGCUGGCAAGAAGGGUGGCCAACCUUGGAAUUCGAACGAGUCUAAUAAUGGAUCUAAGGCUUCAAGAUCAUAUCAGAAACGUCGUAAGGGUGGCACUGGUGUUGCUGCUGGCAUUGAGCAAUGAAGCAAGAGUUAAUGGUUAUGGUAGUUCUGAGCAAUGUGAAUAUAGUCCAGAACUAGCUCCAAGACCACACAGUGUCUCAAUUUUGGAGUUUGGUGCUAUUGGGGAUAGAAAGACACUGAAUACCAUUGCAUUCCAGAAUGCAAUAUUCUAUCUCAUGUCAUUCGCCGAUAAGGGCGGCACUCAGCUUUAUGUACCGCCUGGACAAUGGCUCACCGAAAGCUUCAACCUCACUAGCCAUCUUACCCUCUUUCUAGAAAGAGGUGCUGUCAUUAUUGGAUUUCAGGAUCCAUUUCAUUGGAAAGUUAUUAAUCUUUUACCUUCUUAUGGACGAGGAAUCAAAGCUCCCGCCGGAAGAUACCUUAGCUUGAUAAAUGGAUACAUGUUAAAUGAUGUGGUCAUUACAGGCAACACUGGGACCAUAGAUGGUGUUGGAUCGAUUUGGUGGAGAUCCUUUACUUCUCAUUCCCUGAACUAUAGCCGACCUCAUCUAAUCAAAUUAGUCGCAUCUAACUCGGUGGUAGUUUCAAAUAUCACAUUCCUGAAUACCCCUACAUAUGGCAUCCACCCAGUUUAUUGCAGCAAUGUACAUAUUCACAAUAUUUCAAUAUCAGCUCCUUCAGAAUCCCCUUUCACUGUUGGCAUAGUACCAGAUUCUUCUGAUAAUGUUUGUAUAGAAGAUAGUACAAUUAGCAUGGGGUUUGAUGCAAUUGCACUCAAAAGUGGCUGGGAUGAGUAUGGCAUUACCUAUGGCAGGCCUACAAAAAAUGUGCACAUUAGAAGGGUGCAUCUCUAAUCUUCUUCCGGCUCUACUCUUGCGUUUGGUAGUGACAUGUCUGGUGUCAUUUUGAAUGUCCUAGUGGAGCAUGUUCAUCUCUACAACUCAAAAACUGGCAUUGUGUUCAGAACCACCAGGGGAAGAGGUGGUUACAUCAAGGAGAUAGUUAUAUCAGACAUAGUUAUAUUAAAGAACAUGACUGGGACAAGAUUCUCAAGUAAUCUAAAAGAGUGGCAUGGAUAAAAUUUACAUGGUUUUGUUUUGUUAGUAUGUGUGCCAGCAUGUAAAUUC